CUGGGUUUGGUAAAGAGCAGCGUAAAGGACAGGAGGUUGAUUUAAGUCGGCACAUGAUUGUGAAGACCGUGGGCUGCACCAGGAAACGGUAAACAACCCCUCGGCAUUUUAUCAUGAUUCGCGAAUUGGUUUUCUGGGGAAAUGAGUAAAGUACUUCUGCGCGGCUAAAACUUGGGAUUUAUCAGCAAUAUCAGUUUGGAACACCGUGGCCGCAGGAAUUGGUUGCACGCGCCAUGGCCGCUCAGUGCGACACUUUGAGCGGAUACUUGCAGCACUCGGAUCCUGGUUCCAACAGUGAGCGGAGUACAGACUCACCCUUACCCCUCUCGGAGGAUGACUCAAGUGGGCCACUUUCCCCGCCAGACCCGGAGUGGACCGAGGAGAGGUUCCGUGUGGACCGCAAGAAACUUGAGAUCAUGCUUCUAGCUGCCAGUGAAGGGAGGAUUAAUGGAGGUGAAGACUUCUUUCAGAAGGUGAUGGAUGAGACAGACACACAGAUUGCCUGGCCCUCCAAACUCAAGAUAGGAGCCAAGUCCAAAAAAGAUCCUCACAUCAAGGUCUGUGGAAAGAGAGACAAUGUGAGUGAGGCGAAAGAGAGAAUCAUGUCAGUCCUCGACACCAAGAGUAACCGGGUUACCCUGAAGAUGGACGUGUCCCACACUGAGCACUCUCAUGUCAUCGGGAAGGGCGGCAACAACAUCAAGAAGGUGAUGGAGGAGACGGGCUGCCACAUCCACUUCCCCGACUCCAACCGCAACAACCAGGCCGAGAAGAGCAACCAGGUGUCCAUAGCAGGCCAGCCCGCAGGAGUUGAGGCUGCCAGGGCCAAAAUAAGGGAGCUGCUUCCUCUGGUGCUGAUGUUUGAGCUGCCUGCGCUGGUGCAGGCCGACCCCAGCUCCCCCGCGGUGCAGCACCUCUGUCAGACCUACAGCUUCACCGUCUCCUUCAAGCCCCCCUCGCGCCUCUACGGGGCCACCGGGGUGGUGCGCGGCUCCCAGAACAAUGCCUCUGCUGUGCAGAGAGGCACGGCCCUGCUGCUGGAGCACCUGGCGGGCUCGCUGGCGAGCGCGGUGGCCGUGAGCACGCAGCUGGACAUCGCGCCGCAGCACCACCUCUUCAUGAUGGGCCGCAACGGCAGCAACGUCAAGCACAUCAGCCAGCGCACCGGCGCGCAGAUCCACUUCCCCGACCUGAGCACAGCCGCGCCGCUCGCCCACCGCAAGUCCACCAUCUACAUCCAGGGUUCCGUCGACGCCGUCUGCCUCGCCAGGCAGCACCUCAUGGGUUGUUUGCCCCUGGUGUUAAUUUUUGAUGUGAAGGAGGACGUGGAGCCCCAGUGUGUCAGUGCCCUCAUGGAACAGCUGGACGUCUUCAUCAGCAUCAAGCCCAAACCCAGACAACCAAGCAAGUCUGUGAUUGUGAAGAGUGUGGAGAGGAACGCGGGGAACAUGUACGAAGCCCGGAAGGUUCUACUGGGCCUGGAAAGCGGAGACUCCACCUCGGCCAGCAUCAACGGCCACUCUCCCUCCUCCUCCAAUGGCCACACCUCUUCACCCACCCUCCUCUGUCCGGUCGGCCUGGACAUCCUCGCCUCAGCUGGCCUGGGGCUGAGCACUCUGGGUCUCCUGAGCUCAGCAGUGGGCCCCGGUCUGAACGGGGCGUCAGCCCCAAACUCGGCCCUGAACGGGUCCAGCGUCGGCGUGGGCUCACCCUCAGGGCCGUGCCCCCCCUCCCUCUGGACCAACGCCCUCACCACCCCGUCCAGCACACAGUGCUUCUCGUCUGCCCUGAUGCUGCACCAGGCGUCCCAGGCGUCUCUGAGCAGCAUCCUGCUGUCUGGAGUGCAGGCCUACACCCAGAGCACCCCCUCCCCACCCCCCGGCCUCACCCCCAUCCACAAGCCCACCGGCGGAUCUGCCGCAGACUGCCACCUGAACGGCCACGUUAAGCAUCCAGGUUCCGUGUACAGUCGCAUAUCCUCCGCCUCCCUGGCUGAUGUGGUUCUGAGUCCAGCCCACUGUGACCCUGCCCCUCAAUCCAACACACACAACCCGGCAGAACCGCUGUCCAGCAAGUCCAGCUCUGAUGAAGGUUCAGACACGUUUGUUGAGGUGGGCAUGCCCAGGAGCCCGUCUCACUCGGCCAAUGGCAACGACCUGAAGCAGAUGGUGGCCUCCUGCAAGUCGUCGUCAGGAAAACGGCAGACCGUGGAACUGCUGCAAGGCACCAAGAACUCUCACCUGCAUUCGGACUGCCUGCUGUCGGACGCUGACUCCAGCUCCUCAGAGAGCCCGAUGGCAGAUAAGCGGGCUCCUGGCAGCGAGCGGGCAGCGGAGAGGGCAGCCCAGCAGAACUUUGAGCGGAUCGUACUCUCACCACAGUCUGCCACCUAUGCCAACAUGCAGGCCUUUGACUAUGAGCAGAAGAAGCUGUUGGCAACCAAAGCCAUGUUGAAGAAGCCAGUGGUUACAGAGGUGCGGACUCCUACCAACACAUGGAGUGGCCUGGGAUUCUCCAAGUCCAUGCCAGCCGAGACCAUUAAGGAGCUGCGCAGAGCCAACCACAUCUCGUACAAGCCCACCAUGAGCACCACCUAUGAGGGCUCUCCCCUCUCUCUGUCUCGCUCCGAGAGUCGGGAAUGCAUCGGGAACGGCAGCGAAUCAGACAACUGGCGGGACCGUAAUGGAAACCCUACCGGAAACGGCACAGCAAGCAGAAUUCCUGGACACUCCGAAUUUCCAACAUCCGUCAGCAGUCCAAAGCGAAAGCAGAAUAAAUCUGUGGAGCACUACCUGAGCAGCAGUAACUACAUGGACUGCAUCUCCUCCAUGAACGGCACCAAUGGCUGCUCUCUGAACGCCUCCCUCAAGGGCUCGGAACUGCCGGAGCUCUUCAGCAAACUGGGCCUGGGCAAAUACACCGACGUCUUCCAGCAGCAGGAGAUCGAUCUGCAGACGUUCCUCACACUCACUGACCAGGACCUGAAGGAGCUCGGCAUCACCACAUUUGGAGCACGCCGGAAAAUGCUGCUGGCUAUCUCAGAACUGAACAAGAACCGUCGAAAACUCUUUGAUCCGCCCAACAUGCGCUCGUCCUUCCUGGAGGGGGGUGCCAGCGGCCGCCUGCCGCGCCAGUUCCACGCUGACAUGGCGAGUGUUAGCGGCCGCUGGUAAGAUCCACACCGCUUGGGCAGUUCCCCAGGUACUGCAACACCCUCACCCCAACCCACCGCCACCCCCCAUCCUUUGCCACCUCAGCGGAGUUCAUCUCAGCCUCUCUGGGACUAUGUAUGCCAGCCUUGCUUUUGUGGGCAGUUCAGCCCACUACAAAAGGUCUAAUGUGUCAAACAAGGUCCCUGAAGAAAAGGAAAGAAAAAAGGCCUCUAUCUUCUGAUGUCCUUAUUACGGUGCUGUACGUGUUCUAUGUAUGUACGUAUGUAUGAUAAAAAUGAAGGAUAAUGUUACUGCCAUUAAGGAAAGGUACAGCCAUUGUGCAGAACACAUAGGAAAGGGAAGGGAAGAAUGCAACAUAAAAUAUAAUAGUAACACAGUACUAUUUGCAUUCAUGUUUGGCUGUUGUAUCGGUAUAAUGCACUUUAAAAUUACUUAGAUAUUUUGCCUGUAGGGUAGCUGCCUCCUUGAAGCUAAAUAUAUGCAUAUAUGUUUUUUUGUUUUUUUUCAAUCAUGUAUUUUCUCUGUGUACAGGGUUGCAGGGCCAAAGCCUAGAGUAAGCACUUACUGAAGAAGGGGACUGAAAGGUCAAAAGGUCACAUUUUAGUGUCAUUCUGGAUUCAGUGACUUUAGCGGACUAGCGGGAGAGGUUGAAUUAAUUAUGAGCAGACUUUGAGCUUCAGAAUCCAUCCGUCCGUCCGAACCUAGUCCUCACUAUUUUACUUUUGUAGCUAAUUAUUUUGUAAUCUCAGUGUAUUCUUUUGAUAUGCCUCCUUUGUUUUGUGUGUUAUAUUCAUGUAUUUUAAUAUGGAAUAUUGGUUUACAGGUAUUUUUUGCGUUUUCUUUUUUUUUUUUAUACAAAAUUAUUUGUUUUGAUGAUUUAUUAUUUUAAAAAAUUGUUCUCCAGUCAAUAUUUUUCCUAUUAACUGAAUCAUCUUGUAACGAUUAAGAUGAAGUUACCUUAAGAUCAGGUCCACGGUUGGCUGGCAGUGGAAAUGAGAGCAGUUUGUGUGUGUGAGUGUAUGUGUGUGUAAACAUUAGGCUCUCUCUGUCUGAAUGCCUCCAGGCGUUCUUCCUGGUCACUGUCACACAACAGGAGAUAGCCAUACAUUAGAUGAGGUUCUAUAUACCCCAAUGUAUUUGUGUAUAUGAACCAGUAUUGUUAUGUUGUUUUUGUUGGUGACAUAUUUACUGUUACAGGAGUUCAUGUCAACAGUGAGAGGUUUAAGCCAUCAGUUUAGAGUUGAGCUGUGAAAAUAUUUUUGUGUCUGGAUUUAUGAAGGGACAUGCAGUAUUCACACUUAAACUCAUCUUAACUUUACACAGUCCAGAUGGGUAGUAUUAUAGCACAUACUCAAGGUUAUUCUCCAGCUGAAAUACAUUGGCUGAUUGAUUAAAUCCUUUUUUUUAAGAAUCUGUGGUACUCUUGUCAGUGGUACAAUCUAAAAUAAUGAAUGUCAACCACUAAAGGUUAGAUACGUUGUCUGGUUUUCAAUGUGUUGGACAUGACAAGCUUUUCAUAAUGUCAGGUUUCUGUUUUGGUACAAAAGAGAGUUGCAUUUUUUUUUUCUCCAAAUGAUGCAGUGCAAUACAGGAGAAGUCACAUAACCAAGCCAGCAUUCUCAGUCUUAAAGUGACUUCAUUGUAGAUCAUUGUAAAAGUAAAAUGUUAACUUUUUGUGCUUCACAAGCAGUAUAUGCUUUAAAAUACUUACUCUUUUCCACCUGUAUCCAAAUGUAUUCAAGUCAGUUGACCAUGGCUGGUGAAAAAACUCCUACAGGGAUGCAGUUUUGUCUCUUUACCUGUAAAUGUGUCUUCAUUGACAGACAAAUCAGUUGAUAUUAUGCUUCAGCCACAGCCAGGUUUCUUUCUGAUGCUGUUGUCCAUGAUCGGUCAGCAGCAAGACUAACAGUUGCUUUUGUCUCGCCGACUGCCUUUCUGUCUGUGUGAGAGCCAUCAGUUUAGGUGGUUCUGAGUUCCAGUUUACAGUAAUAGUUUGAACUACAAAUAGGGACCUGUUGUCAUCAGAGUUGCUGUUGACCAAAGCAAUAUCUCCAGCGUGGAAGCAUUGAAUUGUUUCAUGUCUCUGUACUCAUUCUAAAAUGGCUCAUUCAGUGAGUCUUGCUUGAGGUCUGAUUCUGGCCAAAUUUGCCUGUCAAUCAGUCUUUUCCUUGCUUGUGUGCCUUAAUGUUCUCUAAAGGAACAGCUAUGUUCUGUUUAGUGUUUACUACGUCAUCCUCCCAAAAGCGGGGGGAUUCUGGGAAAUGUAGUUGUUUCUUUUGGACGUGGCCUUCUGACACGGCUGAGCAGAAUUGAGGGAUUUUUAGGGGAAAAAAUACAUUUGGCUAAGACCAAAUAGAAAAAAUCCCCUCCUGUAAAGGGGCUCUCUGAUAUGGAGCCCCUAAAGGGAAAUGUGCAUAAAAGUGUUUUUAUGAAACUUUUGAAAUGAAAACAUUUUUUUCACGUCCCUUUACGGGCGCCAUACUCUGACAAAGGGCUGCACUAAAGGAAACACUGGAAACAACCCCACUCAUUGUUCACGUUUUUGCCAAAAAACAAAACCCAGUGCACAAAAAUGUCCAAAUCGGUGUACUACCUGCAGUGUUGUUGGGUUAUGAAUGAUUGUUGAUCUAUAUGUAAAUGUAGUUCCACAGAUAUUGGUACAAAUUUAAGAACAAAAAAAGUGUUCUGAAACUGUUUGCCACAUAAAAUAAAAACCUUAAGUAUUCAAA